AGGUGGUGGCCGGUGUCACCAUGACACAGUCACCUAACUCGCUGAAAGCGAUUCGCUUUCGCCGGCUUUCAUCGUCUCAAUCAUUUCUCAUCAGUUUCUCCCUUUUUUACCGUUCAAUUCAGUUGGAACAAUAAUAUCUGAUCAAUGAGUAUCAUCGCCCUGGAAGCUUGUCCCUGGCACAGAAGUAAAAACGAAUGCUACGAUCAACUAAAUAAAGUGACGUUCGUCUUUUUUUCUCAACUGGUCAAUGCUAUAUUAUAGGUAGUAAUUGAACAUCUUGCCAUAGACACGUAGAACUGCCAUAGACACGUCAACUGUAAAUGUGAUCUCAUUUAUGUCUGGCAAACUCACGAUGACACGUUUAAUUAGGACUACCUGUCAACAUCUUGCUUGGACAUCUGCUCGGUUUAUUUAUGCGCGAAUCUACAAUCCCAGGGGUAAAAGGAGAAGCUCUUUAUUUUUGGCUGGAAAAACUGUAGGACAUGCAAUUAUUUCGUUGAAUAAUCAACAUUGCGCGGAACCACGCGGCGGACUCGUCCAAGGCUGAAAGGAUAUAGCAAACGUAUCAGAAGGGAGGAGGUAUUUUAAAUAGAGCCUCGCUGUGAUCCAUGAUCAUCGUCAUCUGGAACAGAUUAACGCCGAAGAAGCUGCUCCGGGCAUUUUAUAAUUUUAUGCUCCCACCUUCUGAGAAAUUCUAAAACAGAAACGAAAACGAACGUAUCUAUUGUAAAAGAGCAAUUUGCGUCAUCGUCGAAGUCAACUCCGUCGCGCAGACUAGACUCGACGCACAUCGCACGCAAACCCGUUCAAAAUCGUUUCUCUCCUCGUGCUUUCUCCUUUUCCAGCUUGUUACAGAUUCACCUGCUUUUCCAGUCGUUACGUAUUCAAUAAAAGUUGUACACCUACCUACGUGAAACAGGAGAUGCGUAAAUUCUUUGAUGAUUCGAUUGAGAAAUCGAUCUUUUGCCACGGGACGGUGCAGCUGCAUCGGGAACAAUCGUUGUUCCACAUUUUCCCGAUCGAAUGCUUAGUGAAAAUAAGCGAGCCGGAAGAUGAACGGGCAAAGCGAAUACUCAUCAUAUAAGGCACGGCUCUGGAGGGAGGUGUCAGUUGGAAAGUGCGAGCUCUCGUACGAAGAACGAGAAACGGAACGUCUGACCGACGAUCGACAUGAAAUCGAAGCUGCGUCUGCUGCUCCUGCUCGCGGUUCUAUUUUUCGUUAGGUCACUGGGAAAAGAGAAAUCGGAAAACACGCCCUGCAUCGACCACAACAAGUUCUACAGAAACCCGAACGCACCGGCGCAUAAUGUCUGGUCGUCGGCAGAAUGCGCCAAGUAUUAUCUCUGCUUAGACGACGAGGUGUUCGAGUUUCGGUGCUCGCAGGGACUGCUCUUCGACGUCUCUAGGCAGGUGUGCGAUUUCAAGGCGAACGUCGACAAUUGCGACGUGACGUCAGAGCCGCAACCACCAAGACCGCUGCUCAGCGACGGAGACUGUGACGAGAAGCAUUUGGCUUGCGGAGAUGGCACAUGCUUUCCGGUUUCGUAUUUUUGCGAUGGAAGCGUCGACUGUCCCGAUGGUUCAGACGAGGCUUGGUGCGAUAUUCGGAACGAUCCGAACGGUGCGUUACUAUGCGAUCCUAUACAAUGCCGCUUACCGAAUUGCUGGUGCUCGAAAGAUGGGACGCAGGUUCCCGGAAAUCUGACAGCGUCGACGGUGCCGCAGAUGAUAACAAUCACCUUUGACGAUGCCGUGAACGCGGAGAAUUUCGAGCUCUUCUCCAAAAUCUUUUCGGACGAGAGAAAAAACCCAAAUGGGUGCCCCGUCCGAGGAACUUUCUACGUCAGUCACCAGUACACUAAUUACAGAGAUGUACAGUACUUGUGGAACAUCGGGCACGAGAUCGCAGCACAUUCCGUCACGCACCGGGGACCGGAAGAUUGGUGGUCGAAGAAUGCUACUGUCGAGGAUUGGUUCGACGAGAUGGUCGGCAUGGCGAAUAUUAUUAAAAAAUACGCUGCAGUUCGUUUGGAAGAAAUAAGAGGUUUAAGAGCGCCGUUUUUACGGGUUGGUUGGAACCGACAAUUUCUGAUGAUGUCGGAGUUUGGAUUCCUGUACGAUUCGUCUAUGUUAGCUCCGUUUUUCGAUCUACCUCUAUGGCCUUAUACCUUGGAUUACAGGCCACCGCACGAUUGCGUGGGUGCUGAUCAAUUCUGUCCGACUCGUUCGUAUACGGGCCUCUGGGAACUUCCGAUAAAUCAAAUUCUGGCAGGUGAUUACACUUGCGCUAGAAUCGACUCGUGUCCCUCGGAUAUGUCGGGCGAAGAUGUGUACAAGAUACUGAUGGUUAAUUUCAAGAGGCACUACCUCAAUAAUCGUGCGCCAUUGGGAUUACAUUUCCACGCGUCUUGGUUCCAAAACCCAUCGUACUCUUAUGCAUUUAACAAAUUCAUGGACGACAUGUUACGAUUGACCGACGUCUACUUCGUAACGAGUUAUCAGGUAAUCGAAUGGAUGCGGAAACCGACAUCCUUAAAUCUAAUCGAAACUUUUAAGCCUUGGCACUGCGAACCACGUAAAUUCCAACCGUUCGAAGUUGCCUGUGAUUUACCUAGUAGCUGUAAAUUACCGAGCAGAGUGCUGAAAUCGCAUCGUUAUUUGCACACAUGUUUCGAGUGCCCCAAAGAAUAUCCUUGGUUGAGGAAUGAAUUUGGAAUGAAAUAAGGUAUACGAUAAACAUUUAUUUAUUAAAAAAAAGUCUGCAUCCAUAUUUUUAUACAAAAAUCAUGUUUAUUUACU